AUGAAAACAGGUGUCAACCUCCCUGCGCCUCCAGCCCAGACACUACUUCAUGUGUCCAACCAACCACUCGACUUCCAGGUGUUGUCUGGUAGUCAAGCGUCCUCGGGAUCAGGAGGGACUCCUGCCUCGGUUGAAGUCAUCUUGCCACACAGUAGCAUUGCAAAUCAAGCUUUCAACUUCCCAAUAACUGCAACAUCCGAAAAGGUCCAAGGGGGUUCAUCACCAGCAUCUUCAGGACUUCAAAACGACAUGCUUAUAAGUAUUGCGGAGUUAUCGGGGAAAUUGAUCAACUCUCAGCCAGGUCUUGUUGAACCCAAUGGAUCUAUCAAGGUCACAACAGGUAUAUGUGUAACGCCUGACUGCAUCCGCGCAGCCACCGAAAUAAAAGCGAGUCGGGAUCUCACUGCUAAUCCGUGCGAAGACUUUUACCAAUACACGUGUGGAGGCUGGCUAGACAACAGUCCUAUCCGGCCCGACCAGCACAGCAGGAGUAUCAAGUGGGACGUAAUGGAGAGUGUGGACGAAAAACUUCACAAGCUACUAAACCAGUCGGUAGAAGUGAAGCAUACACAAGCUGAACAGAAAGCUAUCACGUUCUACAAGUCAUGUAUAAAUGAAGAUGCGAUCGAAACAUUAGGUCUGACAGUCAUUAAGCCCUUGUUAAACGAUUUGGGUGGUUGGCCGCUGCUGGAAUUGAAUGUGGCAGGCCGUCAUUUCAAGCUUGAGAGCGUGCUGUCUACUGCCAGAAAAUAUACCGUGGACACGCCCAUAUUUGUCAUGGCCAUUGAGACCGACCCAACCUUUCCCGAACAAAACAUCAUACACAUCGAACAGCCACAUCUUGGUAUGCCAGACCGGACGUACUAUCUAACGGACAACAAGGUGUACUCGGCGUACGUUAAUAACAUGCUUGAGGUAGUCAAGGCGCUUGGCGCGGACCCUUUGACUGCCGCUCAGGAUGUCAAGGAUGUGAUCAACUUCGAGACAAAACUAGCUAAUUUAACACAGGAAGUAGACCAAAACCAGGAUCCAAGCCCUGAUAGAAGAAUGACAAUAGACCAACUGAUGCAGACGUUCCCUGGGCUGGAUUGGAAGCAAUACAUCUACAACAUAUUUAGCAGCGAUCAAGUCCGAAUCCCCAUCCACUCCAAUGACCUUGUUCUAAUUAGUAACCCAGAAUACAUUCGUGACGUCAUCGGUCUUCUCCGGAAUACUUCCGCCCGAGUGGCGGCUAAUUACAUUAAUUGGAUGAUGGUACAGAGUCUGAUAUUAUCAUUACCUGCGAACAUUAGACAACUCCAUCAGUCGUAUACAAAGAUGGUACCGGAAGCUAAGGGCGACCUCCCGCGAUGGCAGCAGUGUGUUGAAGCCACCAACAAGGUUCUUGGUCUGGCUGUCGCUCGUCUGUUUGUGGACAAGCACUUCGACUCCGCAUCAAAACAGGAGGUUCUGGACAUGUUUGCUAAAACAAAAUCAUCGAUGCGCAGUAUGCUAGAACGAGAGUCGUGGAUGGACCUAGCCACCAAAACUGCUGCUUUAGAGAAGUUAGACGCUCUGCAGGCCAGGAUAGGAUACCCAGAGGAGAUAAAAGACAUCGCUUAUCUGAACAAACGUUACAAUAGAGUUAGUGUGACUCCGGAUUUAUUUUUCCAAAAUAAUUUAAAUAUUAUGAAAGACGAGGCGGUAGAUAACUUACGAGAUAUGGCCAUGCCUAGUAACUUAACAGAAUGGGAAUCCCCACCACCUGCUGCGAAAGACAUACUUUAUGAAUUAGAUCACAACGUAAUAGUGUUGCCUGCAGGGGUAUUGCAAUCACCAUACUUCCAUAAAGAUUAUCCAAGAUAUCUAAAUUAUGGCGCUAUCGGAUUUAUCAUCGGACAUAAGAUAACACAUGCAUUUGAUGACGUUGGGAGCAGAUAUAGUAAGACAGGUAAAUUCGAGGACUGGUGGUCCAACUAUACAAGGAACGCGUACGGACAGAAGGCAGAAUGUUUCAUCAAACAGUACGACGGACUCACUGUUACGGAUGCCCUGUCGGCUGCCACCUUGCCAGAGGACAGCAAGUUAAAUGGGAAGUUGACGUUACAAGAAAACAUUGCCGAUAACGGAGGACUGAAAGAAAGCUUCACGGCGUAUACUCAAUGGGCGAAGCAACAUGGACUGGAACAGAAACUUCCGGGACUUAAUUUAGAACCUGAUCAACUGUUUUUCGUCAAUUAUGGACGCACUUGGUGCGGGAAGACAACUCCACAAGAGGCGAUACGACGAAUCCAGACUGACAUUUGGGCAGACGCUAAGAACAGAAUAAAUACUGUGGUGCAAAACAAUCCAAGCUUUUCCAAAGCGUUUUCGUGUCCUGUGGGGUCUCCUAUGAAUCCAGCAAAGAAAUGUGCAGUCUGGUGAUAUUCGUCUAAAUAGACAAUCGGAUUGUCAUCAAUGUAAAAACAUUAACCCAUCGUAUGGCACUUCAUUUAUUUGUGUUUCUGGCUAUUAUGAUGCCGUACUGCUGCAGAACCUUUUAUAGAAAAUAGUUCCACUCAUAGAAACAUGACAAGACUUAUUAUAAAUGAUAAAUUAAAGGUUAAAACCACCGAUCGCAUUUUAAAGAUGCUUAAGAAUGAAUGCAUUACCAGUAGUCAUGUAAUUGUAAAUCAGUACAUAGUGCAAUGUUAAUCGUUUUUACACUUCACUUGAAUGAUAUGGAAUGUAGCAUAAAAUCAUUAAAGCAAAUUGUUGGCAACAUGAUUGGUAUAAAAAGAAAAAUUAACAUUAAUAAAUAUAUUUUUGUUUUUGCAUUGACAAUGUGAUAAAAUUGUCUGUAGCGGUAUCUGGGGUUAUUUUUUUGUUUUGUUAAAAAGCUGUUAAUAUGCAAGCCAUUUCACGUGGAUUAUUUAUAAAGCGCUCGCUGUUUACCCAUUAUAUAUGGGAUAUUUAAGCGAAAAAGACGGGGUAUAUAUAUAUUAUUUUACGUUAUCAUUUAUGAAUACUGGGUCCCGUGAAUUAAAGCGUUGUUGUACAUUGAGAGAUCCUGUGAUUUAGAACUAUUUUAAGAUGUACAUUUUUUCUGUUUCGUAACGUGUAACAUCUGUAUAAAUGUUUAAUGUUGUAUGCUGUCGAACAUGAUUUAAAAUAUUACAAAAUAAUUUAUUUCAGUAUGCUUACUUAUACCUCAUACAUUUUACGUAAGCAGUGUUGAGAAUCCUACAACCAUUUGCUUUCACCCUUACGUUAUUGUUAAUUUAUUGAUCACUGUCACCCUUGACAAUCCCGUGCUAUUUUUUGCAUAUACUGUAACUGAUGAAACCUCAUUAUUAAAAUGGUAUUUACAACAACCAAUGGCGCGUCAGUGUUAUGUAUUAUCACAGUUCAACAUGGAAAUGCGAUGUUGAGAUGAAUAAUACAGAGAAAUACGAGUUGCGUGUGACAUUGUUUCGUAGUAAAGCACUAUCUAUAAUAUUCAAGGAGUGGAGUCGGUAAAUAAGUUAUUUUGAUAAUACUACAUUGGGCUCUACUUCGAUUUCCCCAAACAUGUAAAUGAAGUAGAACUAUUGUCAACACUGCCCGGUAAUAUUCAUCAUCAGUUGUAUUGAAGAUGCUGUCGUAGGUACCAAACAAAUCGUUGACCUCGAAUGGAGGCCCUAUGUAUUGCCC